AUGGCCGAGCACCUAUUCCGUGUGCUUCAUGAUAGUGAAGAUGAUUUGGAGAUAACAAUUAACGAUCUGAUUCUGCAAGUUCGACAGAGGCUCGAACAGAUCCAGGGCCUUCAAAGGAAAAUAGAUAAAGUACAAGCCGAGGAUAAAACGUUCAAGGGGUCCAACUUGGCCAAAGAGCUCGAGGUGGUCCGAUUUGAGGUGGCCGCGUCCAAUAAUAAAGCUCAGGCUAAUGCGACCCAAUACAAGGUCGAUGUUGAAGCCACCCUAGCGCAGGACAAAAGCAUGGUGGAUCACGCGAGGUGGAAAGCUCGAAAGGAGGCCCUCGAGGGGGCCCGUGAUCAAAGCUUCGAUAUAUCUGCUGAAAUCGAGAUUGCUAGGGCAGAGGAAACAAAGGCUCGGAAGCUGGCUUUUCCCGAGGAAGACUCCAAGGCUUUGAGCGAAUCUAGAAGUGGAGAAGACUCUGAGGGCAAAGAUGCUUCUUCUGAUAAGGACCAAAUUAGCCUGAAAGUUUUGCAGCUAGUAGAAGCCUUUCAUGCAACAUUGGAAGAAGUUGUUGAAGCUGACCUCCUUGUGCAUGUGCUGGACUCAAGUGCACCUGAUCUAAAGGAGCAGCGGGAAGCAGUGUUGCAAGUUCUUGGGAAGAUAGGAGUCUCUGAGCAUAAGCUCCAGAAUAUGAUUGAAGUUUGGAAUAAGAUUGAUCUUCACGAGGAUUUCGUUGGAGAUGGUUAUUGCAACGAGGAUGAAGUUUCUAGCUGGUCAGACGAAAACAAUGAUGUAACAUCCAAUAAAUUGUGUGAAGAGGAUCUCCCUGAUUAUGAGACUAAUGAAAAUGAGGACCUUGAGCAAUCAGGCAAGCUUGAACAGGUCAUAGAUGAUCAACAAGGUGACUACUCUGAUGACUGGUUGGUCUCAGGCGAUGAACAAGAUUCCUGGGUUGACUACAAUAGUUCCUCGGUGGGCUGUGGGAGUACAGAGGUCCAGCAAAACAACCACUCUAAGAAGUCGGAGGUUAUUAGUAGUGAAACCCAGUCCGUCUCUGAGUCUGCUACAGCUACACAUGUCAGGACGUCUGCCUUAACAGGUGUUGAAUUGCAAGAGUUGCUGGAGCUUUUUGAUGAAAGAUUGAAGCCCCAGAAAACCAUAGAGAAGAAUAUCUUUGACCGCAAAUGGAGACCACCACGCACAGAGGAUAGCAGAAUAGCUGUUGAACAAUAGUAUAUAUAAAAACAAGACAAGCAUUCAUCUCAAGGCAGUUGUGUUUAUCCACAACUAAAGAGGGUUGAAGUUUUAACACAAUUAGGAGGAUGUGUGACUAGCUACAUGCAUCUCCUUGACAUGGCAGAUUCGAACAUGGAUUGGAGCUGCCUUUGGUCAGUUGGUUAUUCGGGAUGAGUUCACUCCCACUGUGAAUGCUACACUAAGGUUGUCCUAUCUCUGGUGUUUCUAUUCUCUGAAUAACCUGCGUUGCUUACCAAAACAUGCAUGCCUAUUGUAACUGGUUCACAAGCUCUUCAUAUCCAUUUUAAACAUGCGGCCUGUAGAUACAAUGUGUAUUUCCUUCAUGUUACAUCAUGUACUUUGAAUAACUCCAUACAUGUUUCAUGUUGUUGUGUGGCAUUGGACGUUAAAAUGCCGUGAGACGAAAUAAUCAAGUUGUACCCGAAAGAACUAUCAGCAUAUUUGUAACUUAAUAGUGAAUUGUGUUCGAGGAA